AUGGUUGACCCAUCAGAAAUUUGUACUCUGAUGCCUCUUGAUGAGGAUACUCAAUAUGGCAAUACACAGGCUAACGACAACUCGAACGACUUCCUAGGAAACCUAAUCAGACGAAAGUAUAUGGGUACGGGUGUACGUCUAGGAGGAUUGAAGGCACAUCAUAAGGCCCAUAAAAUCCCCGGCCAAAACCUUACUCAAACAGUCCCGGGAAAUACCCGAUGGGAAACAGGCCAAACCAUCAAAAUCCGCUUGGGGGGCAAAUCUGAUGUUCGCAUUUCAUUUGAUCAAUAUAAGGAUAGCUAUUCGUACCUUGGCACCAAUGCUAUUACGAUUCCUCAGGACACGGCUACCAUGAAUCUCGCAUUAAAUGAUCAUACUACCACGGAGAGGGUAAGGGCUGUGGUGCUACAUGAAUUCGGGCACCUCCUUGGAUGUAUCCACGAGCAUAGCUCUCCAGCAUCUUCAAUCCCUUGGAAUGAGGAGGCGGUGUACGAUUUUUACCAACGCACCAAUGGCUGGGAUCGGGCAAAAACAUGUCACAACGUUCUCCGCAAGUACGACAGAAACACUAUCUCUCAGUUCUCGGAAUUCGAUCCAAAAUCGAUCAUGAUUUAUACCAUCGAUGAGUCUGUCCUUCUCCCAGGAAACUCCAGAUUCGUUACUUCUUGGAACACAAGACUAUCAGCUACCGACAAAGAAUUCAUCGGCAAAUUGUAUCCAUUUCCAGAGGGUGAGGAAAGACCACGCCGAAGCAAACGUACCAAAAAAAAGAGACUCUAG